AUGUCCCUGCAUCACCCACAGCUCCCAGGCUGUGAGCUGCUGGUUCUGUGGUCAGUCCUCGUGGACUCUGAUGGUCGAGUCAAUCCACAAGUCCAACUGCUGCCCAAGGUCCCUGAUAACGCCCUGCAGAUGUUCCAUUCAUCACCUGUAGCUGGCGCCGCCGAGGCCUUCCUCAGUCUGCAAAGGAUUCUUGGUGUGGAGUGCGCUCUGGAGGCGGUCGUCACAGCAAUGUCGGAGUGA